AUGCUGUAUUCCAUACACAGCCUCACAGCGCUCUUUCCAGCGCUUGUGAACCUGACCACCCUCUACAUCGACUUCAAUUUCUCACCAUGGGAACCCAGUCACGACAUGGAGAAUAUGCUUCGCACCGCAGUUCAUGCUCCAAACCUCACCGAGGUCAUUUUUGCCUCUAUCGGCUCGCUGCUCCAUCCUCGGACGGCAUUGUGCUUGUUUGAGGGGGCGUCUGUCAAGAAGUUGUUCAUCCGCGACUGGGAGGAAUCCGGUGUGGUUGAAGGUCCUGUUCCACCGGGUAUCCCCUUACCAUCGAUCUCAUUUCUUUCCCUCUCUCUCAACUACUCAAUGGCUAAUAAAUGGGAUCCCAAAACUUAUAUCGUCGACCUGCCUCACCUAGCGACUUUCCGGGUCGUCAUCGAACACUGGGAUGAGCUUGAAGCGUAUUGCCGCUCCAUCGACCGAGGGUUUCCUAGUAUUGAUACGUUUCAGUGUCAUUGGGAAGGCGCCCAUUUUUCCCUUAGUAGAAAUUACGGUGCUAUCUCUGUCCCGGACAUUGGGCGAUUUCGUCAGAUCCACCUUACAAUCAGUGCUUGGCAUGAUCAUUGGGUCAAGGUGCAUCAAAUCGUGUUGUGGUGGGGAUACGCCUUUCGUAACGUUCAGACUGGCAAUUCCAUCGAGACUGUAACAUUUUCGUUCCCAAUGCGGUUUCCUUUGGCAUCCGGCUCGGAGGAGGCGUCUUGGUGGAACACUCUCGAUUUUCUUCUAGCGGACCAGAUGUUUGCCCGCCUACACACCAUACACCUCGAAGCUAUACAAUAUCAGAACAGUGCCACUUUUGAUCGCUUGGCGGUAAAGUCGAAGGUCGAGGUCGCUUUUCCGACCCUCUGUAGGAGGGGCAUUGUACGAUUUUAG